UACGGUUUACCACCGCUAGAUGUCACCAUCGCCAUGGUUAAGCGCCUUAGUGGGGACAAACCGUUGGACAAAGGGGGCAUUUCCAAAAUUGUGGCAAUGCACAAUUCAGCUUUGGAGUGCAUCUCGCUGCUGGAGGACAUAAUGAAUUUGAUAUUUCUUUGCUAUCACUUUGUUUUUCUGGUGGUUUUGAGUUUUGUGCUGUUUGGAAUAUCAAAGUAUUCAAACGAUUUUCCGGCAGACAGAGUGUUUACAUUCUUGCUUUGUGCCCUUGGCAAAGUUUUGGCAAUGUGCUACACAGGAAAACGGUUGAAUGAUUUGGCUGCAGAACUUUCCUUCGUAAUUUACGAUACAAAGUGGUACGAUGCACCGCUGGACAUCCAGCAAAAUAUUUUGCUGAUGUUGCAAAUGUCACAGAAACGAGUUGGACUAACUGCGGGCAAGUUUUACUACGCAGACAUGGAAUCCUUCGCUGAGUUGGUCAACGAGUCAUACUCAUAUUAUUUGAUCAUGAAAAAAAUGUUGGACAAUUAAGUUAAAUUUAUCAAAUAUAAUAUAAAUAGUAAAAUUAUGAACCAAUCAAGUUGGACAUGUAGUUUGCUGCAAAUCUUACAAAACAAAAAAAAAACAUUACUUGUUGUCGCAUUUUAAGAUAUAAUAUAGAAGUGUUAAAUAGUAAUUCUGUAUGAAAAACCCAACACAAUUCACUACGCUUUUUUGGAAGACAGGUGCAUAACAAAUCUUUUUUUUACCAAAGCUACAAAAUGCCAACGGAAUGCAACACAAAAAAACACAGAAGAUAAAAUAGAACAAAAUAUCGCAAUUCUUUAAAAUGUGCAACAAAUCAAACAUAGCUAUAUUAUAUGUAAUAGAGACAAUGAGUAGUAUUUCUCUCCUGUAAAAAAAUGUAUCAUGUUAUAAACAAAGUAAAAACUGUAGUUGUUAAUGUUCCAUCGAUUGAAUUUAAACAAUUACUUAAUUUUGUGUGAUCCAAUAAAUGUCCAUCUACAGCA